CCGCACAAACCGCAGUGGGCUGGAUAAACGCACGUGGUUUAAUUAGCACGUGCAUGGUUGCUUGUAAAUUGGCGGGGAAUCGCUUUUACACAGUCGGUGGAUUAAUUCAGAGAGCAUCGAGAUGACUAACCAGUGCAACUACACCGUUGAGUCAGAGAACACUGAGGGCCAAGAGAAGAAAGCUGUGUCGAAGAGAGGUGGAGUCGUUUCAGCCGUCCUCUGUCGGAUUUCACAGUCUUGGCCAGUCAGUUUGACUAUGCGGGCUCUCCGUGGCUUCUGGUGGCUGUUUGGCUUCUCCACACCAGUGAAGGCCAUCUCUCCAGCUGGUGAGGAAAAAGGCGGAUCCCCUAAAGAAAGACCGUGCCGAACGGUCCGGAAGCGUCUCCACAGGGUCACACGGCUGCUGUUGACCAUCCUGCCCCGCCGCAUCCAGAGAGCUCUGGGUUAUCCGGUCUGCACCAGCAUUGGCUGUGCUGUGUCCCCGGAGGUGAGUUGCUCCCCUGCCAAGCCUUGUGGCAAAGGCAGCAAGAGAAAGCAGGAUGACCUGGAUGAGGAAGAGGACUUAGAUCAGCAGUCCUGGGUGGAGGCGCUCACUCAGGAACUGGCCGAGGAAGACCAUGUAGUUGAUCCAGAUUAUGAGCCCAGUGGAGUUGAGACGGACAGUGAGGAAUACCGGUCACACAAUGACACUGAGAGUGACUUGGAAAUAGAGAAGGGUGUCGUGGUAAUCAAAGACUUGGAGACGGUAGUUCCUCCUGAGGCCUAGUGAUGGCAGUAUGUACUAAUACUAGUAUGCAAAUCAAGAA